AUGUCUACGAACGAUGAAUCCAAUAGUAUUGAGAAAUCUGGCAAAACUAAAAAUACAAAGUCAUCUGAUGGCCUCACCGAUCUGGUUCAAAUAGUUUCAGUCAGUGGUUUAGGCAUUGCGUUCGGUUUUUUAAUGAACAAAGCUAAUGUAUAUCUUGCUCCGGUAAUUCGAGAUCAAAUGUUAUUCCAGCACUUUACCAUGAUUAAAAUGUUUCUUGGUGCUGUUGGAGCAUCAAUGUUAAGCUCAUGCAUUGUUAUUGUUGUUAGUGAAUCAACUUAUCGAACUGUUUGUAAUUCAUUUAUUCAUCGUAAUAAUCGUAUUCAUGGUUCUCAUCUUUUGAUGGGUGGAGCUCUUAUUGGAGUGGGUAUGGUUCUUGCCGGUAGCUGUCCAGGAACGGUAUUUGUUCAAAUGGGCUCGGGUCUGCAAAAUUCUUUUCUAACAUGCCUUGGUGCUAUCUGUGGAGUUUUGUUUUAUUAUGGAUUUCUUUCUGCACGUUUAACAAAAGAUGAAGUACCAAAGUCAUCAAUAGUUCUGCAACAACUUCCAGAAUUAAUAGGUGUCAAACGUAGUUACCUGAAUUUAAUAUUUGGUUCAAUAUUUAUUGGUACUGCAUUUACUCUUGAACAUUUUAUUCCCUAUAAAAAUGAUUUCAUAACACCAAAGGGACUCCCUAGUAUAUUAGGUUGGUCACCAGUACUAUGCGGUAUUGGUAUUGGCUCAUUACAAUUAUUUUUUAUGAUGUUAUUUAAAAAAUCAUUAGGAAUAUCAACUGGAUUUACUGUAUUAGUUGCACAAUUGUGUCGUGUGAAAUCCCUUAAAAAAUUAAUACCAUCCUUAGAGCCAUUCACUUAUGGAGUACAAAAUAGUUUAGCAUUAUUAUUUGCAUUUGGAGCUAUUGGAGGAAGUUUUGUUUCAACAGUUUCAGCAAAUCAAUUUCCUUUAAAUGAACAAUAUGGGGCAGGCGUUUUGAGUAGUUUCUUUGGAGGAUUUUUAUUAACACUUGGUGCACGCUGUGCUGGUGGUUGUACAAGUGGGCAGGGAAUUUCUGGUGUCACACAUCUUUUGGUUGGCUCUCUUAUUGCAACUGCAGGAAUGUUUGGUGGUGGAAUGCUUUUUGCUGCAGGCUACGGAUUGAUAACAAAAGACUGGCUAUUUCGUGCUUUAUAA